AUGUGUCCAGCCAGGAACAACAGCCAACCCUCUUUAGCCAUUCUGAGCAGCCGUUUCCACAUUUACCCCCAAACGUUAACCCCAACUGGGACCGGCCGCCAUUCUGGUCCAACUAACUCCAAUUCGCUCUCAUCCAUCUUCUGGAAAUCCUUCUCCAGCUUGCAUCUCCCACUUCAACGGUCUGUCACCUCCAUUAAUCUCGACAUCAUCAAGGAGGAUCAGAUAUACCUCCCAAGCACCCGGAUCAUGGAGCGCACCGACUACCCUGCUAUUCCCACAACCAUCUCCCACCACGCGUCGCUCAAUGCCCUCCGUGACCGACUGCAACGGGUCCAUGUCCUCAACACCGAAAUCGCCGACUGGCUUGCCGAGCGACGGAAAGUAGAAGAGGCCUAUGUUCAGGGUCUUCAGAAACUAUGCAAGCGUCCCAAUCCCAGCGAGGCUUCGGAGCUAGGUCUCUUCCAAGCACCAUGGCAGCGAAUCGUUAGUUCGACGAACACUCUGGCGCACUCCCACCAUGUCUACUGCCAGAAGCUGGAGCUGGAGGUCGAGCGCCCAAUCCGAGAGUUUUCUACAAGCAACAAGGAAUGGGCUAGUUUGAGAACAAUGGAAGGGAAUCUCAACGGCUUGGCUAAAUCCAUUGAUACCAACGAGGACAAGGUCGAGAAGCUUAAGAAGAAGGGCAAGCGGGCAGAGCCGUCCAAGGUUGCAGAAGCUACUGCAGGUUUGAAGGAAGCUUUGACGAACUGGGAGAGCCAGUCGCCGUUCAUUUUCGAGCAGUUUCAGGCUGUGGAUGAGGCACGGGUCACCCAGCUCAGAGAAUCCCUCACUCGGAUGCAAACAUUGGAACUCGACCAGAUGGAUCACCACAAGACCCUGAUGGAAGCUACGGUUCAAUCACUACUCGAUGUGAACACUAUUGACGAAAUCAAGGCGUUUGCUCACCGUGUGUGCGGUAACAAAUCUUCGGCAAGCAUCGGAAGCAGGCCGCCUAGUCAGCGGGCCCCUCCGGCUAUACAAACACCAUCUAUUGUAACAGACGACUCGAUUAGUGUUCAGUCAUCUGGUUCGGCGGAGAAAGCCAGCCAUGGUUUAGGUGGUGGUUUGCGAAGGCUAGGAACCGUUCUCAAGGGCCGCCGGAACAGUUCCAUAUUUCCGUACCAGAACCAAUCGCCCGUUGAACAUCGAACUUCCAACGAUCGCCUGGGCAGCUUCAGCAAGGCCCCUGGUUUCGGAUCCCAUUCGCCGAGUGCCUCCGCCCAUAAUCUCUCGGUUCCUGCUACUGCUGAGGUCAGUUCCACGACUCGCGAACAACCGGAACGACUGGACACAUCUGUUUCUCCGGUUAGUCCGAUUGCGCCGUCCCCAGCAUCCCCGGGUUCGGCUGAUGCGACAACGCCGACGCAAUCUUCAACCAACCAGCAAAUCACCAAAGAUGCUGAAGGGUACAGCGUUCCGCCGCCGCAAAAGAGUCUGGUCGAUGAAAUCCCAGACAUUGAGAUGCAUGAGCCCGAGCAAGCACCGACCUUCAAGCUCGAGAUCAGAAACGAUGUCAUUCCUGAAGAAGAGGCUGAGGCCGCAGAUGCUAUGACUAAAGUGGCGACUACUCUCCGAGCGCAACAAACCGUAUCUAAGCGUAAUCGCGGCCGUCGAGAUGUUAGAAACACUAUUUAUACGGGCGUACCAGAUGCGCCACCUGUUACUGCAAUCGCGACAGUUACCACGAAUACCCCCGCUGCCCCUCCUGCUGAAACUAACGGAACAGCCAAAUCGCCUGAAACCAUCGAAGCCAUUUCGCCUUCCUUGACAGGAAAUAGCGAGACAUCCCCGUCUGUCGCUCAAUCGACUCCAUCAUUUAGCCCUAUGGCGAUCGACACCACCAUUCCUACGACAUCAACACCGCUGGCGACACCCCUUACAGCAUCAACCCUAAAUCAUUCACUAGCUUCUCCUUUCACGCCCCUGAAAAUGGUCAGACAGUCCACAUUAGCGUCUGACGCUGGAUCGGACACCCAAUCUAUAACGUCAGGGCUGUCCGCUGCCUCUCAAGGAGCCCAAGCAAUCAUCAAGCAUCCCUCCUUACAUGAGCCUGGACUUUCUGCGUCGUUGAUUGAGCAUGUUAGUGCUCACUUCGAAGCAGGGCAAACGUCCAAGGUCACCGUUAUUGGAGAAAUCGCUCUGGCCUAUAACCCUACCGAAGGCGCGCCUGUGCAGACGAACGAGUCGAUGAGAUUUGACCAAUAUGGAAUGAUGGAUAAAAUAUCAUUAAAUCAGUCGCAUAUCACUCCUGGCUCAAAGCCUGGGGAGUAUUCGGUAUCGCUGGUGAACCUUAGGGGGACAGCGGUUUCAUUCCGAUACCAAUUGAGGAUGGACGAGGCUUCGAUGCAAUCUUGUCCACCGAUAAUCUUUACCCCGGCUUGGAAGAUGGAAACCCAUCAAGCAUCACUGAUCCUCAAUUACAAGCCUAACCCAUUAUUCAACCAAAAACUUUCAGAUAGCCCGUUCUCGUCGCCAACUCUACGAAACUUGGUGAUUGUGACAGGAAUUGAGGGCGCCCAGGCGACCUCGUGCCAGUCCAAGCCGGCGGCUACAUUCUUCAAGGAUAGAUCGAGGAUAGCGUGGAGAAUUCCCGAGGUAAAACUUGCGGACGAGGCCGGCGGAAAGCUGAUAGCCCGGAUUUAUACGGAAGGCCUGGCGAAGCCUACCCCCGUUGAAGUCCGGUGGGAAAUAUUUGGAAGUGACGACAUCAGGAAUGCGGGCAGCGGGGUUGGAAUUGAAGUAUUCAAAGCGCCCACUGAAGCCGAAAAGGAUCCGUUCGCAGACGACAUGGAAGAUAAUGCUGAGCCGAAAGGCGAAUGGAAGGAAGUGCACAUCGUCAGGAAACUUGUGAGCGGCAAAUAUGUCGCCGCCUAG